AUGCGUUCAAGAUGUUACCUACUUGAUGCAAUCAGUAGAUACUUGCCACUGGGCAUCAACAAGUACUUCUCAGUGAUCAAUACAAUGGUCCUACUACAACAACAACUACCCGAUAAACACUUUACUGCUGAUCAAAUACUGAAGGAGAUACAAGAGUAUUAUAAUCUAGAUGCAUUGGAUGAUCAUGUAAUUGAUGAAGACAAGAUUGAACCAUUCGAACUACCAUCUGAAGAGUACAAGUCUUUAAUGGAGGAGAGAUCAUUGUCUACAAAGCGUCAAAGGAACUAG